UAAUUUAUUGAAUUUGAAAUACAUAUAAGACUAUUGAGUGUGGCAGAAGUAAUAUGAGAUUCCCUCAAAUUCAUGAUAUAGUUGGUAGUUGGUAAUCCAGACUGGUUCCAUCGUGUCAAGUCAUAUUGUCAGUUGUCACAAUAGUUUAGUUUAACUUUGUUGCGAAAAUGGCGUUAUAUUGUUCCAUUUCCAAUGAAGUGCCGGAGCACCCAGUGGUAUCUCCUGCAUCAGGAGCCAUAUUCGAGAAAAGAAUUAUUGAGAAAUACAUUCAAGACAAUGGCGUAGACCCUAUUAGUGGAAAAGAACUCAGUAUCGAUGAUCUAGUUGAAAUCAAAAUACCUCCGAUAGUGAAACCAAAACCGCCUAGCGCUACUAGUAUUCCUGCGACGCUAAAGUUAUUACAGGAUGAAUGGGAUGCCAUAAUGUUGUACAGUUUUACACAAAGGCAGCAGCUUCAAACUGCCCGACAAGAACUCAGCCAUGCUUUAUAUCAACACGAUGCCGCUUGCAGAACAAUUUCUAGGUUAAACAAAGAAGUCACUGCAGCUAGAGAAGCUUUGGCUACUUUGAAACCCCAAGCUGGUAUUACGACUGUACCUCAGCCGGCUGUUGCUGCAGAAGCUGGCGGAGUGGCGAAUCAACCAACUGAACAAGCAGGAAUGAGCAUGGAAGUGAUAGAGAAACUGCAGGAGAAAGCGACAGUUCUGACUCAGGAACGGAAAAAGCGGGGCAGAACCGUUCCCGAAGAGUUGACAACUCAAGAACAAUUGAGAUCUUUCAAAACGGUGGCUUCGUUAACAGGUUUGCAUUCGGCCAGUAUUCCGGGAAUUUUAGCUUUGGAUGUUCACAGUUCAGAUACCAGUAAAGUACUCACUGGAGGUAAUGAUAAAAACGCUACGGUAUUCAACAAGGACACAGAGCAGAUGGUUGCUAUUUUGAAGGGCCAUACAAAAAAAGUCACGAAAGUAAUUUAUCAUCCCGAUGAAGAUCUUGUUCUCACAGCUUCUCCUGACUCAACAAUACGUGUUUGGAAUGUGCCUACUUCACAGACCACUUUGCUGUUAAGGGCGCAUGAUGGACCCGUCACAGGCCUGUCGCUGCAUCCAACUGGAGAUUACGUUUUGUCUACCUCUGAGGAUCAACAUUGGGCAUUUUCGGACAUAAGAACAGGACGUUUAUUGACCAAAGUUACAGAUAAUACAAACGUUCCUCUCACAACAGCCCAACUACAUCCUGACGGUCUUAUUUUCGGUACUGGAACUGGAGAUUCCCAAGUGAAAAUUUGGGAUUUGAAAGAGCAAAGCAACGUAGCUAACUUCACAGGACAUUCUGGGGCGAUCACCACCAUAUCGUUUUCUGAAAAUGGUUAUUAUCUUGCCACUGCAGCAGAUGAUGCUUGCGUAAAACUGUGGGAUUUGCGUAAAUUGAGGAAUUUCAAAACCUUGCAGCUUGACGAAGGGUAUCAAAUCAAAGACUUAUGUUUCGAUCAGAGCGGAACAUAUUUGGCAGUGGCCGGAUCUGAUGUGAGGGUUUAUCUCUGUAAACAGUGGCAGGAGCUCAAAGUUUUCAAUGACCACACAGCAAUGGCGACAGGUGUGCGGUUUGGUAAGCACGCUAGAUUCAUCGCAUCGACUUCUAUGGAUAGAACAUUGAAAUUGUAUAGUUUAGAGAAAUAAAGUUAACAUGCCUCAUCAUAAUUUUGUUUGCGUUUGUCAUAAACGAUUUUUUAUUGAAAGUGUGUUUAUUGUAUUAAAUAGAUAAUUAGGUAAU